AUGUAAAACAUGAAAAGCAGUAAUGCGUCUGUGUUGGGCUGUAAAUCCAAUCACGUCAACGAGGAGAGAGAGAAGAGAGAGAAAAAGAGGAGAGAGACGCUGAGGAAGUAAGAGCAGCUUCGAUUUUCAAUCUUCUCUCUAUUCGAAUAGUAUCGUAUUCGAAGAUCUCCAACCUGCGUUCACAGAAAAGUGAUUGGUUGUGUUUCAGCUAUGGCAAACACCAAAGUGUCGUCAAACGUCCGAAAUAUGAUUUACAAUGGAAAGCACCCUUUACUUCCUCCUAAAAGUCCUUUUCCUAGUAUUUCUCCACCAUAUGUUGAUUAUAUUCCAAGCCCUGCUAUUGGAGCAAAAGGUAUUGCAAAGCCUAGAGAGAGAAAUUCACACCACCAACGUACUUCUUCUGAGAGCCUUCUGAUGGAGGAACAACCUUCUUGGCUGGAUGAACUCCUUAAUGAGCCAGAAACACCUGUACGUAGAGGUCAUCGGCGUUCAUCAAGUGACUCUUUUCCAUAUUCAGAUGCAUCUAAUGCCUCUAUCAUAGAUUAUGUAGCCCAGGAUGAGUGUAAAUUUAAAAAUAUACCUUCAGUUCCUUCAUGGGGAUUGCCGGACUUUGAUCAUUAUAGAGAUGCAUGGCAUGCUUCUUUCUACGCGGAGCCAAAUGCUAGGGGAAAACAGAAGAAUCGGGCAUGGGGUUCAUCUUUGAAUUCAACGACACAUUUAAAUGGCAUUUCUUCUGCUAGUGAUAAAGUUAUUCUUCAAAGCUCAGGAUCAUCUUGUGCUCCACAAGAAAUUGAUGGGGUUACAUCUACAGUUUCUGGAAAGCAGGAUCCAGUUGAAUCUGGUCCACGUGAUCCAAAAGCUGCUACUGAAAGAAAGGAUAGUUCUCCUGCUAAGUCUUCUGCAUCAGAAACAGAUUCGAAACGUGCUAAGCAGCAGUUUGCUCAACGUUCACGAGUUCGGAAACUUCAGUACAUAGCUGAGCUGGAGAGGCACGUACAAGCUUUACAGGCAAAAGGUUCUGAAGUUUCUGCUGAGCUUGAAUUUCUCAACCAGCAGAGCCUUAUUCUGAGCAUGGAGAACAAAGCCCUAAAGCAACGUUUAGAAAGUUUGUCCCAGGAGCAACUUAUUAAGUGCUUGGAGCAUGAAAUGCUUGAGAGAGAGAUUGGAAGGCUACGAACCUUGUGUCAGCAACAUCAACAACAGCAACAGCAACAGCACCCUUCUAACCAUCGACGCACUAACAGUAGAGAACUUGAUUCACAAUUUGCAAACCUUUCUCUGAAACACAAGGAUGCCAGUUCUGGUCGUGACUCUGUUUCCGGCCCGGUCCACAUGAAUAUAUGAUGCAGCUAGAGUUGUCCUCACCCUGACUUUGCCUAGUUUGAUAUUGCCGUGCCAGUGAGAAAUUGCGGCUUCCAUGGUGCGGCAUAAGCCAAGUGCUUCCUGUCUUGAUUCCGCCUUCUUUGCUUGUUUUUCCUUUUGUUGUCUAGUUUGCAUUAGCCCAUUUCCUUUUUAUGUUAAUUUAGCAUAUUCAUGUGCACCUGGUAGUCAUCCAAGAAAUGGCAUUUCUGGCAGAUGAUUCACCGGAGGUGGAAUUUGUAAACAUAAUCGAUGUUGUCUCACCUGUAAGUUCCAGCGAUCCAAAUUCAUAAAUUUCCCCUUUAUCUUUUCUUUUCCCAUCCCAAAACCUAACCUUCUGAAAUCCAAUAUAGUGCUCGGAAUUGGUGUUACAUCUGAUGCAUGCUGAUGAAUUUUUGUUGUAGAAUGUGUAAUAAAAAGCUAUGCUUACAACAUUAACUUAUCAUUUUAUUGGUCUUCUCUGUCAAGGCAGAUCUAUUGCGGUUAUGGCGAAUGGCCUUAUUUUAAUUUUUUUUUCUUAA